AUGAUAGGCGGCGGGCUCGCGACGCCAGCACCGGGACAAGCCGAGGAAGCAAACAGGCCCGCGCCGGGGACGGACAUGCUCCUCGAGGAGAGGCUGGCCAGCGGUGCGGCCCUCGCCCAGGCGGUACAACACGCGGCCACGGUCCUCGCGGUCACGGCGCCCGGUAGCAGUAGUCCCGCGACGCCCGCCACUGCACAGCCCCCCGCGACCCCCCAACGGCUGCACCGCCGCGUCGACGAGACAAACAACAACAACAACAACAGCAGUGGUAGCCUCAACAACUCGAGCGGCAGGAGCAGUCGGAGCAACAGCAACAGUAGCCGGAGUAGCGUGCACGAGGACGAGUCGACGCCACCGCCGGUGCUGGUGGUUGGUAAAAAGUCGGGGGGCUUUUGCCGGGACGAACAGUCGCAGCAGCAGCCGAGCGUCGCCCGGCCCUGGGAACAACAGACUCCGUCCGCCCAUCCGACGGCUGCCCCCUUGGUGCAUCACCAGCACCGCCACCACCACCACCACCUGCCCAUACCUCCGCAGCUCAUCGACGGUAUCGGGCUACCAAACUGCGGGGCCAGCCUGUUUGGGAACAGCAGCGGAGGUGGCGGAGUCGCAGGCAGCACCACCACCAGCAACAACGUCAAUAACAGCGCCGGGGGCGCGACGAGGCAACGGAUGCUCGAGCUGUCGCACGGCCUGGGGGCCCUCCGGCACUACAACGACCUGGCCAGUCACGUUUUAUCGCUCAACCAGCAAGGCGCCGUAGUCACCAAACUUUUGGGCACCCUCCGCCCACCAGGCCUCAUUGGCGGGAGCAAGCCCAAGGUAGCGACGCCUGCGGUAGUCUCCAAGAUCGAGCAGUACAAGCGGGAGAACCCCACCAUAUUCGCCUGGGAGAUCCGGGAGCGAUUGAUCUCCGAGGGUUUCUUCCAGAGGGAAAGCUCAGGAGAAAUCAGCAAUGUUUGGUUUUCCAACAGACGGGCUAAGUGGCGUCGUCACCAGCGCAUGAACCUACUGAAGCGCUCGCCGCCUCACCACUCGGCGAGCAGCGGCAGCAACCUCCAGCAGCCGGCGGUAACCACGACAGCAACGACCCCACAAUCCGCGGCGCCGAGCCACCAACACCUACACCACCACCAGCACCAUCAUCAUCAGUCAUCGCCACCACCACCACCCACCUCGACGACGGCGACCACGACGACUCGCCUGCAGGGCCUGGGCAGCGGGGAGAAGAGCGCCUUCCGCGCGGUUGAGCGGCCCCAGAAGCCCAGCGCCUUCCGGGCCAUCAGCCAGCUCCUCGCCAACGAGGACGGCCCUCGGACGCGCCGGCGCUCCUCGUCGCCCGCGCGCGUCGUUUCCCGGGCCAUGAACCCCUCGGGUAGGUCCGACGACGAAGACGACGAGGAGAUACAGGUGCAGGACUCGCCCAACGCGUGGCGCGAGCGCUGGAUGGACCAGCAGCCCCUCGAACUCACCAAACACGAUCGCUGAUCGU